GGGUAGAGGAAUGACUGAGGGAGACAAUCAGAUGAAGAAAUCAGGAGUCAUCUUAAACCAGAACUCAGUCUAUACAAUUUCAUAUUCUACUGUUUCCAAGGAGCCAACAACAUUUCCCUUUUCUGAAGUACAGUUAGAGGAGUGUGGAGAAUUAGAUUUCAGGGUCAAACCAAUCGGCACGAUUUUUAUAUGUGCGUUCGUUGCUUUAUUUCUAUCUACAAGUCAAAGGUCAAAACCCCAGAAUCGUUGUCCCUUAUUAUCUAAUUCUUUCAAGCACAAGCUUAUAAUAAAUGAGCCAUUUAUCUUUCCUCUCUUCUCACUGAUCAUAUAGCUCAAAAUACAAGUAAACAUGAUGAAGCUUUGUUUUGAUUGUUUCAUUGAAUGUUCUAUACGGUUGUUUCAAUUCUUCCUUUAACCAACUGUUUCAGUGUUGGGAGGGUCUUUUUUUUGUGUGUGUGAAAUGGGUGGGGAAAAAAGGAAAAAGAAGAGCUUCAGUAAAAUCCAUGCUUUCUCAACUAGUAGUAGGCUACCAUUGUUGUUUAAUGGGGAGCUUUUACAGAUAGGAGGGCCUGGGUUUUCAAGGUUGGUUUUUUGCAAUGACCCUGAUUGUCAUGAAGCUACUUCUCUUAACUAUGGCCCUAACUAUAUCAGAACUACCAAAUACACUGCUGCUACAUUUUUUCCAAAGUCUCUCUUUGAGCAAUUCAGGAGAGUUGCAAAUUUGUAUUUUCUGGUCUGUGCCUUUCUAUCUUUUACACCACUCUCUCCUUAUUCUGCUGUUAGCACCACUUGUCCUUUCAUCCUUGUGGUUGGAAUCACAAUGGGGAAAGAACUCAUCGAGGAUUGGAGGCGAAAAAGGCAGGAUAUUGAAGUGAAUAAUCGAAGAGUAAAAGUACAUGUUGGUGAGGGAAUUUUUGAUUAUAAAAAGUGGAAAGAUCUAAGGGUUGGCGACAUAGUCAAGGUCGAAAAGGAUGAAUAUUUUCCCGCUGAUCUAAUUUUACUUUCAUCUAGUUAUGAUGAAGCUAUUUGUUACGUUGAGACCACAAACCUUGACGGGGAAACCAAUUUGAAGUUGAAACAAGCACUAGAGGUAACUUCAAACCACAAUGAGGACUCCAUGUUCCAAAAUUUCAAAGCAAUUAUUAGAUGUGAAGAUCCAAAUGCAAGUUUAUAUUCAUUUGUUGGAAGUUUGGAGCUUCAAGGGCAGCAGUAUCCUCUCGCUCCUCAGCUACUCCUUCUAAGAGAUUCAAAGCUAAAGAACACAGACUAUAUCUAUGGAGGAGUUGUCUUCACUGGUCAUGACACCAAGGUAAUCCAAAACUCUACCGAACCUCCAUCAAAGAGAAGCAGAGUUGAGAUGAGAACAGAUAAAAUUGUUUACCUACUGUUUACUGUUUUAGUUUUAAUGUCCAUUAUUGGGUCAAUUUUUUUCGGGAUUUCAACUAGCAAGGAUAUUGAAGAAGAUGGGUCAAUGACAAGGUGGUAUCUUCGACCAGAUGAGACUACUUUGUACUAUAACCCAAAGCAGGCAACCAUUGCAGCAAUUCUGCAGUUUUUGACUGAACUCAUGUUGUAUAGUUAUUUAAUUCCAAUUUCAUUGUAUGUUUCAAUUGAAAUCGUUAAAGUCCUUCAAAGUGUUUUCAUAAAUCGCGAUGUGCAAAUGUACUAUGAAGAAGGUGACAAGUCAGCACGAGCACGCACAUCAAAUUUGAAUGAGGAGCUUGGGCAAGUUGAAACAAUACUUUCUGAUAAGACUGGAACUUUGACUUGCAAUUCAAUGGAGUUUAUAAAGUGUUCUGUGGCUGGGACUGCUUACGGUCAUGGGAUUACAGAAGUAGAGAGGGCUCUUGUCUGGGCAAAAGAGUUGAGAAAUGGAGGAGCAGAAGGAGAGACUUACAAGAAACCAUCUGUUAAAGGAUUUAAUUUCACAGAUGACAGGAUUAUGAAUGGUAAAUGGAUUAAUGAGCCUCAACCGGAUGUCAUACAGAAAUUCUUCCAGCUAUUAUCAAUCUGUCAUACUGCAAUACCCGAAGUGGAUGAAGAAACAGGUAUAGUUUCAUAUGAAGCUGAAUCACCAGACGAGGCUGCUUUUGUUGUUGCAGCCAGAGAGCUUGGCUUUGAGUUCUAUGAGAGAUCACAAACAAGUAUCUCUGUAAGAGAAUUCGAUCCCAUCAGGCGGCUGAAAAUAAACAGGUUGUACAAACUUUUGCAUGUAUUAGAAUUCAGUAGCUCAAGAAAGAGGAUGUCUGUGAUUGUAAGAGAUGAGGAGGAUGGGAAAUUGCUGUUAUUUUGUAAAGGUGCUGACAGCGUGAUGUUUGAAAGACUGGCAAAGGAUGCUAUGGAAUUUGAGGAUCAAACAAGGGAUCAUAUUAAUGAAUACGCAGAUGCUGGCUUAAGGACAUUGGUUCUUGCAUAUCGUGAACUUGAUCAAAAUGAAUUUAACUUGUUUGAUGAAGCGUAUAGCAAAGCCAAGACCUUUGUCAGUGCUGAAAGGGAAGAAGUUAUUGAAGCAGUUGCAGAAGAAAUUGAAAAAGAUCUGAUUCUUCUAGGUGCUACAGCAGUGGAAGACAAGUUACAGCAUGGGGUUCCUGAAUGUAUCGAUAAGCUUUCACAAGCUGGAAUUAAGAUUUGGGUUUUGACAGGUGAUAAAAUGGAAACUGCGAUCAAUAUUGGUUUUGCUUGUAGUUUACUCAGACAAGGCAUGAAACAAAUAGUGAUAAACUCAGAAGCUCCUCAGUUUAAGGCAUUGGAGAAGAAUAGGGAUGAUUCUAAGGUGAAUGAGGCAGCAAAAGCAAGUGUUAUACAUCAAAUAGAGGAGGGGAAGGAGCUGCUGAUUGAAUCCUAUAAUAGUCUAGAACCAUUAGCUUUGAUCAUUGAUGGGAAAUCACUAACAUAUGCUUUAGAAGAUGAUGUGAAGGACAAGUUUCUAGAACUCGCAAUCAAAUGUGCGUCUGUUAUCUGUUGCCGAUCAUCCCCUAAGCAGAAAGCACUUGUUGCAAAACUAGUAAAAGUAAAAACGGGAAAGACAACAUUGGCAGUUGGUGAUGGUGCUAACGACGUGGGAAUGCUACAAGAGGCCGAUAUUGGUGUUGGUAUUAGUGGUUUUGAAGGAAUGCAGGCAGUUAUGUCGAGCGAUAUAGCAAUAGGACAGUUCUGUUUCCUUGAGCGUUUACUUCUUGUGCAUGGACACUGGUGCUAUAGAAGGAUCUCAUUAAUGAUAUGCUACUUCUUUUAUAAGAACAUUGCCUUCGGUGUGACUCUUUUCUACUUUCAAGCAUAUGCAUCGUUCGCAGGCCAAACUGCAUAUAAUGAUUGGUCCAUGUCCUUCUAUAACGUGUUGUUCACAUCACUGCCUGUGAUUGCCCUCGGAGUGUUUGAUCAGGAUGUAUCUUCCAAGUUAUGCCUAAGGUUCCCUGCACUAUACCAAGAGGGGGUAAAAAAUUCGCUUUUUACAUGGUGGCGUAUCGUGGGAUGGACUCUGAAUGGUGCGGUUAGUGCUACAUUCAUUUUCUUCGUUUGCAUCUUAGCGAUGGAGCAUCAGGCUUUCCGUAAAGGAGGAGAAGUUGUCGGGCUAGAAAUCCUCGGAACAACCAUGUACACUUGCGUGGUCCUUGUGGUCAAUUGUCAAAUGGCUCUUUCCAUAAAUUACUUCACUUAUAUUCAACAUCUAUUCAUUUGGGGAAGCAUUGCUAUAUGGUAUGUGUUCCUCUUGGCAUAUGGAUCCAUGGAUCCCAGCAUAUCGACUUCGGCCUUCAUGGUAUUCACUGAAGCAUGUGCUCCAUCUGUGUCGUUUUGGCUUGUGACCCCUUUCGUGUUGGUCUUGAGUCUUCUUCCUUAUUUUAUUUACUCGGCUAUUCAGAUGCAGUUUAGACCUAUGUACCAUCAGAUGAUUGAAUUGAUAAGAUAUGAAGGGAAAUCUGAUGAUCUUGAGUAUUGCCAUAUGGUACGGCAAAAAUCAAUGUCACUCACUACGGUUGGAUGUACUGCACGGUUUGAAGCCUCAUCUAGCUCAAGUAGCUUGAGUGAUACAAAACCAGAAGAGAUGACUUGAAACAAGACUGGGAGAUAUGAUAAGGUGUUUAGAUUCCUAUCGCUUUUGAAAGCUAGAUCUGCUUGUUUUUACAAUAGAGAUGGAACCCUAUAUCACAUGACAUGCAAUAAGUCAGAGCUUAAAAAGAAUAUAAACUGUAAUGUAGAGCAAGUUUGUCAUUUGUAUUGAGUGGAACUAUCAUGACAAUUUUCGAAACCUUAGGAAGAAUUUUUUUU